AUGUUCGACGCGAGCCCAAUAUCGGGGAAGCAGCUUGUGGACAUCACACUCAUGGACCCUAUUCUGCAGAAGCUGAAAGCUAGGAUCCUGAAGGGCUGGCGUGCAAAACUGGACGACCCCGGUCUAGAACCAUACUGGCCGAGACGUCAAGAAGUGUCUUUUGAAAAAGACGCGAUACUGCGUGGACAGCGCAUAGUGAUACCAGAACGAGCAAGAAACGCCCUGCUCGCAGAGCUUCACGGCACACACCAGGAAAUUACUGAAACAGAAGCAUUCAUCAGAACCCUGAUUUGGUGGCCAGGAAUCGACCGAGACCUGGAACAACGAGUACGUUCGUGCCCGAUAUGCCAGCAGGCGCCAUCAUCACCACCAUCUCAAGAGCCACUGCCAUGGCCAUCGUCCGCCGAACCGUGGACUCGCAUACACAUGGACUAUGCGGGCCCCAUUGAAGGGAAAAUGAUAUUAGUCGUUGUGUAUAGUCAUUCUGGCUGGAUAGAGGCUAUCCCGGUAAAAUCUGCAACCGCAGAAGUGACCGUUGUUCAUCUCAGAUAUAUUUGUGCCCGCUUUGGACUACCAACGUGCAUCGUAACUGACAACGCGAUCACAGAUGCUGACACAGGUGCGAUCUUCCAGGAAUUCGUAAAGAGAAGUGGGAUUCGCCACAUGCGAACAGCUCCUUAUCAUCCGCAGUCAAACGGACCUGCAGAACGGGCUGUUAGAAGCGUAAAAGAAGCUCUUAAGAAGCUCACGGACGGACCACUGGAAAUCCGGCUCCAACGGUGGCUACAUAACCACAGAAGGACACCAUCAGCUGCCCAUGGGGGAAAGGCUCCUGCGGAAAUGUUAUUCAAUUUUCUGCCACGUAGUCGCUUGGAUAUCAUCAAGGCCGAUGUGUUCAAAAACCAAAAGACAACCCAGCAAGACGUGGACAUCGUUUGUAACCUGGAGCACCUGUCUAUGUGCGCAAACAAUGCGAUCGACCGGGAUGGAUGCCGGGUAUCGUGCUUGAAGGACUAG